ACCGAACGCUGGUUUGGUUUCACCACUCAUUCAGUUUUAAACUUAGAGUCGUGUUAGUUAGUUGUAAGUUGACCUAACUAGCUGAUUCUACCGCUGUCUGUCUGUUCGCGCGUGCAGCCUAUGUAAUAAUCUAGGUAUUAAAAUAUUGAUGUCAAUCGGUUGAUAGAUUUACUUUUGAACGUUUUAAUUUUACUGUUCUCGUGUGCGAUUGUGUUAGCAUUUACAUUCUUUGGAAUUUGACUUUGACUUUGACCAAAUAUUAGUGCGCUUACCAUAUGUGAAAGCUUUUAUUCAUUUUGUGAAUGGAUACUACGUUGCCAAAGUAGCAGAACAAUUCAGGAUUAACAGUGGUUAUUUAUUAAGCAAUUUUGACAAGAUGGGCGGACGAACUUGGUUGGUCGUAGCCGUCGUCAUGGUUGCAUUGCUGAGUGACGUCAUAGAUGCUCAACGUGCGCCCGGAUUUCCCGAAUAUUCUGAUAUUGGCUCCAAUCCAGUAGACAUCGUAUUUGUUGUGGACACUUCUGCGUUCAACAACGAAACAGCGGAAGAUGAGAUCGUUGUUAAAGCAUUCAUAGCCGGUUUCCUCGACAACGCUGAUGUCGAUUCUGGAGCGGUCAAAGCCGCUUUUAUCACGUACAGCACACAUCCAAAAGUCGUGUUUGACCUUGACGACUAUUCGAACAAAAGUGAAAUGGUGAACGCCGUGUACAUUUCCGAAUUCGAGGAGGGAGAACGGAACACUGCAGACGCCUUGGGAAAAGUUCGCUCUCAGAUUCUCCGCCAAGAUAGACCGGAUGUACCAAACGUUAUUGUUCUUAUUAUGACCGGGGCGUCUGACAGGAACAGUUUUCGGACAUUGCAAGAAUCGGAUGCGUUGAAGGUCGCUCGAUCAACUAUUUUUGUAAUUGGCGUGAAUCUCGACGAAGAUGGCACAAAUGAAUUAAAUCAACUCGCUAGCAAACCGACCAUAGAUCAUUCGUUUCAAGUGACGUCGUUUUCCGAAUUUGACAUUUUGAAGGAUGUUUUAUUUGUACAGAUUUUUGACUGGGCGGAACAGGCCUAUAAUGUCCCUGCGACAGGAACAGAGUCGCUAGACGUCGCUUUUCUCCUCCAUUUCUCACAUACGAUGACGUCAACAGCGCAUGAUCAGAUCUUGGGAUUCAUGAAAUCCGUCCUCCAGUAUUCUGGUCUAGAUGGCGAUAAAGUCAAAGUCGGUGCGGCUAUUUUGAGAAAAAAGGGCACUGUACUAUUUGACCUCAACGCCCAUAGCGGUCAAGAGGAAGUGUUCGAAGCAAUCGACAAGAUCAGCUACACUUACAGGUCCAAGCCGGCAAACUUCGCUUCUGGCUUUGAUACAGUCAGGACUUCGUUGUUUACGGAAUCUAGAGGCGACAGGGCUGAGGUACCAAAUCUGAUUAUUCUCAUAACGGACGCAAACUCGAACGAAGACGUGGGAGGAACCAUAACAGCUGUCGAGAAGGCUAAAGCUGCCGGUGCGGCCGUAUUCGUGGUUGGAGUGAAUGUUUCAUACGCUGAGGAGAUGACAAGCGUAGCUUCCUCAUCUGGCUUCACUGUGCUGGUCAACGAUACAAAGUAUCUCAAAGACCAAGCCAUGACGCUAUAUGACAGCUUUGUUGCACUGCGAACAGAAGGCUUUCCCGUCGUUAUUCCAGCUGAACAAACUUCAUUGACCAUUCCAGCUUUUGAAACAACAACACCUAUGACAACUGCAAACAGCGAAGAGGUAGAUCUUGUUAUAGCCGUUCAUGUCCGACAUGACACAAAACUUAAAUAUGUAAAGAAGCAUCUACAGGCUCUAUUGAAAGACAUAACAGACAAAUUAGACAUUGACUCUGGAGCGGUUAGAGUUGCAUUAGUAACAUUCGGGAAAUCUACAACAGUGAAUAUAAAAUUGAAAGAUCAUACCGAUAGCAAAAAACUGCAAAAGGCAUUAAAGAAUGUCAACCCUAAGCAAUACAGAUCAAAAGGCGUGGAAUUCAUGCAACUGCUUAAUACGCUGGAGACAACCGUUCUUCUAGAGUCCGAAGGCGACAGAAAGGACGUACCAAACCUCUUACUGAUCAUAUCGGACGGAAAGUCGGACGAAGACGCCCGUUCUUUGUCACAGAGGUCUGUUGGUAUGAAGACGAAGAAUAAUACGAUUUUUGCCGUUGGCAUCAACGGUGCCGAUGCUGCGGAAAUCAGUUCAUUGGCCACUGAGCCGGUCAAUAAACAUUCAUUUAUGGGAAAAACAUACGAUGAUCUCACAACGUCGGGGGAUUUGCAGAGAAAAUUAAAAGAGUCAUUCAAAAUAUUUGAGAAGUUAGCGAUUCCGUCAUCAACGGAUACAAAAGAUAACAAUGACAAGAACCCAAAAGGAACUGCUAAGCAAACGAAACCACCAAAGCCAACAAAGACACCAAAACCCUCUGCGGGCGUUACAAAAGCAAAAGCUAUAACAAAGAAAUCGAAUACAAUUGCGGAGUUUGUCACACUAUCAACAUCAAGACGUCAACAACCAUCUACUUCAACCAGAGCUCCAGAUGUAACAAACGUUAUUCCGGAAUUGACAUUUUUGCCAGCGAUCCCGCUAUCAGACAGCAAUGCCGCUGACCUGGUUAUUGCCAUUCAUUUAUCGGACCGUGUGUCCCAGGGCGAGUUUGCAGUCGUUCAAGAGUUCCUCAAGAACAUCGUUGCAACCACCGAUGUUGAAUCGGGCAAAGUUCAGCUUGGCAUGAUCUUCUACGGUGUUGACCCAGAACUUCUAUUUCAUAUCAAUCAGUAUACUUCCAUUGAGCUGAUACAGAAAGAAAUUGAUGGACUUACGAUAGAUCAAAGGUCCGCAACCGCAGACGCCUCCGCGGCUCUAGGCCUUGUGCGCCAAAUGCUUACGCCAAUGCACGGACGCCGAGAUGACAUUCCUGCAGCCGCGGUUUUUUUGACCAACCAGGCUUCCAAUGAAAACAACGAGUUCUUGAUAGAAGCAAAGCGACGACUAGUCGAGGACGAGAUUGAGGUCUUUGCUCUUGGCAUUGGCAUGAAGGACAAGUCAGAGCUUGUAAAUCUGGCAUCGAAGCAGGCUAACGUCAUGAAUUACGACAACGUUUGGAUGCUGAAUGACGCCGAGGCGGAUCUGCAAACAAAAAUUCGAGCGUGUACGUAG